GGUGCCUUGUGGGAGGGGUCUCUCCGGCGCUUCCCCCCACCCGGUCCGCCGGGCUGUUGCUGCGCGGCCUCCCCCGGCUCGGGGCGCGGAGCCAUGUACAUAAAGCAGGUGAUUAUCCAAGGGUUUCGAAGUUACAGAGAUCAAACAAUUGUAGAUCCCUUCAGUUCAAAGCAUAAUGUUAUUGUGGGCAGAAAUGGAUCCGGAAAAAGUAACUUCUUUUAUGCCAUCCAGUUUGUCCUCAGUGAUGAGUUUAGUCAUCUUCGUCCAGAGCAGCGACUGGCUUUGUUGCACGAGGGUACUGGUCCUCGUGUUAUUUCUGCUUUUGUGGAAAUUAUUUUUGAUAAUUCAGACAACCGGUUGCCAAUUGAUAAAGAGGAGGUUUCACUUCGGAGAGUUAUUGGUGCCAAAAAAGAUCAAUAUUUCUUAGAUAAGAAGAUGGUCACGAAAAAUGAUGUGAUGAACCUCCUUGAAAGUGCUGGUUUUUCACGAAGCAAUCCUUACUAUAUUGUUAAACAAGGAAAGAUCAACCAGAUGGCAACAGCACCUGAUUCUCAGAGACUUAAGCUAUUAAGAGAAGUGGCUGGUACCAGAGUGUAUGAUGAAAGGAAAGAAGAAAGCAUCUCCUUAAUGAAAGAAACAGAGGGCAAGCGGGAAAAAAUCAAUGAGCUGUUAAAGUACAUUGAAGAGAGAUUACAUACUUUAGAGGAAGAAAAGGAAGAACUUGCUCAGUAUCAGAAAUGGGAUAAAAUGAGACGAGCCCUGGAGUAUACUAUUUAUAAUCAGGAACUUAAUGAAACCCGUGCUAAACUUGAUGAGCUUUCUGCUAAGCGAGAAACUAGCGGAGAAAAAUCCAGACAAUUAAGAGAUGCCCAGCAAGAUGCAAGAGAUAAAAUGGAGGACAUUGAGCGCCAAGUUAGAGAAUUGAAAACAAAAAUUUCAGCUAUGAAAGAAGAAAAGGAACAGCUCAGUGCUGAAAGACAAGAACAAAUUAAGCAGAGGACUAAGUUGGAGCUUAAAGCCAAGGAUUUACAAGAUGAAUUGGCAGGCAAUAGUGAACAACGGGCUAGGUUGGCUCAAGCUACCCAGGAAAGAACAGACCUUUAUGCAAAGCAGGGUCGAGGAAGCCAGUUUACAUCAAAAGAAGAAAGGGAUAAGUGGAUAAAGAAGGAGCUCAAGUCUUUAGAUCAAGCUAUUAAUGACAAGAAGAGACAGAUUGCUGCUAUACAUAAGGAUUUGGAGGACACUGAGGCAAAUAAAGAGAAAAAUCUGGAGCAGUAUAAUGUAAGAACUUUUUUUUUUUGUCGGUCGUGGGGCUUGAAAUCUGGGCUUGUGUGCUGUCCCUGUGCUCUUCAGCUCAAGGUGAGCGCUCUACCGCUUGAGCCACAGCGCUACUUCCAGUUUUCUAGUGGUUUAUUGGAGAUAAGAGUCUCACAGACUUUCCUGCUCGGGCUGGCUUUGAACCGCAAUCCUCAGAUCUCAGCCACCGGCAAGGCCAUCCUAAAUGGAAUAGACAGCAUAAACAAAGUGCUGGACCACUUUCGUCGAAAAGGAAUAAACCAGCACGUUCAGAACGGCUAUCAUGGCAUUGUGAUGAACAACUUUGAAUGUGAGCCCGCCUUCUACACGUGUGUAGAGGUUACUGCUGGGAACAGGUUAUUUUAUCACAUUGUUGAUUCAGAUGAAGUCAGUACAAAGAUUUUAAUGGAGUUUAAUAAGAUGAAUCUUCCUGGAGAGGUCACUUUUCUGCCUCUUAACAAGUUAGACGUCAGGGACACUGCUUAUCCUGAAACCAAUGAUGCUAUUCCUAUGAUCAGUAAGCUGAGAUACAAUCCCCGAUUUGACAAGGCUUUCAAACAUGUGUUUGGCAAGACACUAAUUUGUCGUAGCAUGGAAGUUUCAACCCAACUGGCCCGCGCUUUCACUAUGGACUGCAUUACUUUGGAAGGUGACCAGGUCAGUCACCGAGGGGCUUUAACUGGAGGUUAUUAUGACACAAGAAAGUCUCGACUUGAAUUACAGAAAGAUGUUAGAAAAGCAGAAGAAGAACUAGGGGAACUUGAAGCAAAACUCAAUGAAAACCUGCGCAGAAAUAUUGAAAGAAUUAAUAAUGAAAUUGAUCAGUUGAUGAACCAAAUGCAGCAGAUUGAGACUCAACAAAGAAAAUUUAAAGCAUCCAGAGACAGCAUAUUAUCAGAAAUGAAAAUGCUUAAAGAGAAGAGGCAGCAGUCAGAGAAAACCUUCAUGCCUAAGCAACGAAGCUUACAGAGUUUGGAGGCAAGUUUGCAUGCCAUGGAGUCCACUAGAGAAUCACUGAAAGCGGAGCUGGGGACCGAUUUGCUUUCUCAACUUAGUCUGGAAGAUCAGAAAAGAGUGGAUGCACUGAAUGAUGAGAUUCGGCAACUUCAGCAGGAAAACAGACAGUUGCUAAAUGAAAGAAUUAAAUUAGAAGGCAUUAUCACUCGAGUAGAGACUUAUCUCAAUGAGAAUCUGAGAAAACGCUUGGAUCAAGUAGAACAGGAACUUAAUGAACUGAGGGAGACAGAGGGAGGCACAGUACUGACUGCCACCACAUCUGAACUCGAAGCCAUCAACAAAAGAGUAAAAGACACCAUGGCACGGUCUGAAGAUUUGGACAAUUCCAUUGAUAAAACAGAGGCUGGAAUUAAGGAGCUUCAAAAAAGUAUGGAGCGCUGGAAAAAUAUGGAAAAAGAACACAUGGAUGCUAUAAACCAUGAUACUAAAGAACUGGAAAAGAUGACAAAUCGGCAGGGCAUGCUGUUAAAGAAAAAAGAAGAAUGUAUGAAGAAAAUUCGAGAACUUGGAUCACUUCCCCAGGAAGCUUUUGAAAAGUACCAGACACUGAGUCUCAAGCAGUUGUUUCGGAAACUUGAACAGUGCAACACAGAACUAAAGAAGUACAGCCAUGUAAACAAAAAGGCUUUAGAUCAGUUUGUAAAUUUCUCUGAGCAGAAGGAAAAAUUAAUAAAGCGACAAGAAGAGUUGGAUAGAGGGUAUAAAUCCAUUAUGGAACUGAUGAAUGUACUUGAACUUCGAAAAUACGAAGCCAUUCAGUUAACUUUUAAACAGGUAUCAAAGAACUUCAGUGAGGUAUUCCAGAAGCUUGUUCCUGGUGGCAAAGCUACUUUGGUGAUGAAGAAAGGCGAUGUGGAGGGCAGCCAGUCCCAGGACGAAGGAGAAGGGAGCGGGGAAAGCGAGAGGGGCUCCGGAUCGCAGAGCAGUGUCCCGUCAGUCGACCAGUUCACUGGAGUUGGCAUUAGGGUGUCUUUCACAGGAAAACAAGGAGAAAUGAGGGAGAUGCAGCAGCUUUCCGGGGGGCAGAAAUCUUUGGUAGCUCUUGCUCUGAUUUUUGCCAUUCAGAAGUGUGACCCAGCUCCUUUUUACUUGUUUGAUGAGAUCGACCAGGCUCUGGACGCGCAGCACAGGAAGGCCGUAUCAGAUAUGAUUAUGGAACUUGCUGUACAUGCUCAAUUCAUUACAACUACUUUUCGGCCUGAGCUACUUGAGUCGGCUGACAAAUUCUAUGGUGUAAAAUUCAGAAACAAGUCCCCCUCCACUCCCCGCACCCGCGGCGUCUCGUCGACCUUCAAAGGCGCGCUCGAGGUCAGCGCCCUCAGCCGGGAGCCGGGUGAGCAGGUGGAGGGCCGGGCGCACGUGGCCCCGGGGGCAAUGAACAGAGCGGAGACGGCGAAGGCGCUGGGACGUAUGGAGUGGCGCGUGAGUGUGUGCGCGCGUGUGAGGGUGUGCAAGGGAAAGGCCGUCACGAGCCGCGACACCGCCUUUCCCGGAGCCCUGGACCUGCGACUCCGGGGUGAAAAGGGAGGAAGACGAUGGCUCGUGCGCAGCACGUUCUGCGUGGCUCUCAAGGAUGCAGACUCUGCCGCAAGGCCCUAG